AUGAGGAUGCCAGCAACAAAGAGUGAUAUGGAACAAGAAGUGCAAGACUAUCAAUCAGUUGUUGAAACUUGUUUAUCCGUUGACCGGUGUUUGGGUAUUACUAUUUGUGGUGUUGGAUACAAGGAUUCAUGGAUCCCUUCCACAUUUAAAGAGAUCACUCUGUGGUUGGAUAUGUAUGUGCACUAA